ACGUAGCGAGUAGAUGUAGCCAGUCCUGGACGGACGGCCGCCAAUCCAGUACCUCGCGAAUUGCUUGUCCGAUCUACGAUCGAUCGAUUAGACCCGACGUGUGAGCAAACCUGCCGGGAAGAAAACAAACAUAAAAAGAAAAGAGUGAUUUAGUCGGUGUGCAAAUUUGGGAUUACCCUUUCUCGCGAGAUUUCGUGAGGCAGGGCCUAAGAGGAACGCAAUGUCAGCAGCUGUGAAGGAGCGAACGACUACACACACCAGCAGGAAAAUUGUGAGUCAUGGCGGUCCUAUAUCUGGCCAGAGAGACGGAGCAGCUACAGCCAGCAGCCUCGAAAACAACUUAGAUGCACUUCUGGAGGACUUGCAGACGAGUGUCUCGAGAAGUGCUACUCCCAGCCGGGGCGGCAGAGCACUCUCACCCCAAGUUGAAUAUCGGGUGGCUGCCAACCCCACCAAAGUAGUCUCCGAAGGCAGACCCGUCUCUCCGACUCGUACGAGAGUGACCACUACUGAAAAAUUCGUCAGUAGCGGUCCGAGUGGCACGCCGAGCGGUAUUCCGGGACUGGAACUUUUGGAUGCGGAGCUGCAAAAUGUCCAACCCGGUCAGAGCAAAACGAUCGCGUAUAAGCAGGUGUCAUACCAGUACAAUAAGAACUUAGACGGGAAGCCAGAUUCGUGGAUUACAUCAGAAAACAAACUGCCACUCACUGGCGCGCCCUUGAUCGACGACAUUCACGAAACCACUUACGAGGAAACUAAAACUCCAGCGACGUAUCAAAGUCCGGAGCCGAUCAUCAAAAAAUCAGUGGUCAAUAGAGAACUGGUCUAUGGCGACAGCUCAACACCCCGUUCAAAGCAAAUUUCCCCUUCGUCGGGAACUCAGAGGGAUGUAAAGUACAUUCACGAAACCAGUUAUCAAACCGAACCACGGCCGGUUCAAAGCGCUGUAACUACAGUGCAUACGAAUGCUCCGCAAGAAUACAAAACCAUUGAGUAUGUACCGGUCCCAUCGCCAACUCCGGCGAUACCGAUCAAUCUAGCGCCCGGCCCAAAUACAAAAGUUACCACUACGAUUAAGACAUACACCUACGAGCUGCCAGGAGCGCCGGAGACGUAUCUACCAGGUGGCAAUGUGCCAGGAAGCGUUGUGCUUCCCGGCGAGCAAACAAUUACAUACACCCUACCGAGAGGCAGCAACAUCACAGACAAGACCGUCACCUACCAGACCGUGACGGAGAAUGCACCGGGACAUCCUGGUACACCGAUUAGAUAUAGCAGCCCGUCUCCGACCGAUGUCACUAAAAAAUCUACAACCAUUCAUAAGGAGGCUAAGUACUAUCAAGAGGAGCAUCAUGGAACAUUGCCGUACGAUGACAGCCAACCGACGCAGCCUUCCUACGCCUACCGCGCUGGUCCACCGCCAACGAACAUGGAGACUAAGACCACUGUAACCAAGAAGUAUUACCAGGUCGACGGCAAUUAUCCCAAUGGACAUGGGCCGGGUGAUCGCCCAGACUAUCCUGGCGGUACAACAGUCAUAUAUCAAAAUCAACCGCCCACGGUAACGGAAACGCACAGCAAGACUGUCAAUCGAUACGAGGAGUAUGGACCUGGCAGGCCGUCCAGUCCAGCGCUCGACCAGCCGGACAUCUCGACGAAGACCGUAACGACCUAUUAUCCGCAACAUUCGCCACAGCCUGGCACUAUUUAUAAGUUCUCGAAUACCACAACGACGAUACCGCCGAAGAAGCACGCGGACGAUCACGAGGUCCUCCUGCCGAAACCUUUCCCGACUGGUGUUCAAAUGUACCCCACUAAACCGACCACUAAUGGUGAAGGACCGCCAGCAAAACUCGAAGACCUUAUGGCUUCAUUCUCUGAUUCCGAGCGAGAAGUAUUGGAGGAUAUAGAAAAACAAGAACGCCAGAAGAAGAAGCAAUCUUCAGCUGUGAAGAAAGAAGUUGAUUUCGCUCCGCAUACACCACCGAAAGUGAAAAGCAAGAACGUUGCUGGACCACCGGUCUAUUAUCCUCCUGGCUCAGCGGAAUUCACCAAGAAGGAAGAAUCUAGCGCUGCCAUGUCGCAAUCUGGCGGUGAAUGGCAAAAAGCAAGUGGAAAAUAUGAAUACGAGGCUUCCAGCAAAAGCAAAAGCAAAAGCAAACAAGGAGGUGCUGUUGUGCCUGUUUGUCUACCGUUGUGCUGCGCAUUACCGUGUGUUAUUAUGUAACUACUCGUUGUAUUAACAUAUUGAUACGUUCAUCGCCAAGGCUUAAAUUGGCUGUAGACCACGUGGACCACCAACUGUUAGAAUUGUGGUUUUUUAUAGGACCAUUAUAUAUCGGUAAAAAAAGUCCGGAUUUGGAAUUAUUGUAUAGAAAAUACCAGAGAUUUAUACUGACAGCGCUACUUUAUACUACAAGUGUAAACGAGCACUUACUAACUAAAAGGACUUAUUAUUCGUAUGAGAAACAAAACUGUAUACCAGCUAUCGUUGGUGGUACACGUGGCAAUGUGUUAAUUAAGUAUAUAACGUGGUAUACAUAUUUUACACUGCAUUAUAAGCCAAGAAAGAAGCACAAUCUACAUAAAUUCAAAUGAUCAAAAGAAGGCUUGAUAUAAAAAUGUGAUUGAUAUGUUAGUACAUUUAAAAUUUCUCCCGUGUCAACACGAGAUCUGAUUGUUUAUCUUGCAUAUUCUGAAAUCUUAUGUGUUUUUCUCUUUCUAUUUCCACGACCAGAAUAUCCAUUAAGAGUAUAGUUAAAGAAAAUCGAUAUAUGUAUGCAUGUUAAUAUUUAACACGCGAUGUAAUCAAGACAAAUCGUGCUAUUACAUCGUAAAAGCGAAUCUUGUUCAAUAUGCUAUUGACUUUAUGUUAACGUAUUUAUACAUAUGAUGAAGAUAUUUUAACAUUAUAUUUAUUUUAUUUUUGUUAUAUGAAGAUAACAAUGACAAAUGAUUAAUUUUAGAUUUUUUAAACGUGCUACAGUGUGUGGCAAUUGUUAUAACAAGAUAUUAUAAAUGGUGCCUUUUGUAAAUUCUUUAUAUCUAUGUUGCUGUAUAUUCUAUAUUUAAAGCAACAAAAUAAGUCAGAAAAUUAAUUAAUAAUAUGGUCAUAUAGAAUAUAUUAAUAAACUGAUUAAAAUUUUUAUUAACAAACCAUA